AACAAAAAAUAUUGACUAGAAUAACUAUCCAGUAAGUGAAAUAAUUUGACAAUGGCUUCAUGCCAUUCGUAAUAAUUUAAAUAUUUGGUGUCAUAAACAUAAUAAACAGUCUAGUUGCUCUAGGUAAAACACCCAACAGCUGUUCGGGUUUGACGGGCACUGAAUGCACGCCGGACAGGUGGAUCACUGUUUACAAACAAGUGCAUGGCUGUCUCUUCUGAAGUUUGGAUAUCCCCAAGUGACGUGUUCUACGGCGAAUAUGAACUGAACUGUUGUUUAUCCGCUUUCGUUCUUUGUUUGUGAAUAAAGUUGUUGCUUCGUAGUAAGCAGUCAUUCGAGUUUGAAGCCAAAACAUAACGGAAUAGGGAUACAAUAUUGGGACAGCUAUCGAUUUUCUUUAUCCGUGAAUGUGGGUGGGGGUUGUUCUAACCUACCGUAAGCUAUGUGGAAUUUAAAAAUUUAAAGAGCAAGUGAUACCGUCUGAUUUAAGUGUUUUUCAACUUGAGAACAAUGGUGUUUAUCGGCUGAAUUUGGUCAAUAGAAGACCUCAAAGAUGGCUUUGCCAUGUCCAGCGGAGUUGCAGGUACUGCAUGCAGACCUGCCCACUAUGUUGUCCAAAACAUUUGGAUGUGGUAACUGUACAGUCAUGACUGAUGUUACAGCGCCGCCACCCGGACCCGCAGGGGCUCCGCCAGGCCCCGUAGCCCCACCUGGUACUGUGGCUGUGCCCCCCGGACCCAUGGGGCUACUGCCCCCGUCACAGCCACAUCAGCCACCUCAGCCUCCCGAUCUUCCCAUGUUCAAUUGCCCAAGACGACCAAAUUUGGGCCGGGAAGGGAGACCCAUCGUUCUUAGAGCCAAUCACUUCCAAAUCUCGAUGCCUCGAGGGUUUGUACACCACUACGACAUCAACAUUCAGCCGGAUAAAUGUCCGAGAAAAGUUAACCGCGAAAUUAUAGAGACCAUGGUCCACGCUUACAGCAAAAUUUUUGGAAACUUGAAGCCAGUGUUCGAUGGGCGCAAUAAUCUCUACACGAGGGAUCCAUUGCCCAUUGGUAAUGAUAGGAUGGAGCUUGAGGUGACACUGCCAGGAGAGGGAAAGGACAGAGUGUUCCGUGUAGCUAUCAAGUGGGUAGCGCAGGUAUCAUUGUUUGCUCUGGAGGAGGCCCUCGAGGGGCGUACCAGGCAGAUACCUUUUGAUGCUAUUUUGGCUUUAGAUGUGGUAAUGCGUCACUUACCUUCGAUGACCUACACACCUGUUGGACGCUCGUUCUUUUCCUCCCCCGACGGCUACUAUCACCCCCUGGGUGGCGGCCGUGAAGUCUGGUUUGGCUUCCAUCAGUCAGUGCGACCCUCACAAUGGAAAAUGAUGCUCAACAUUGAUGUGUCUGCAACAGCGUUCUACAAGGCGCAACCUGUAAUAGAGUUUAUGUGCGAGGUGCUGGACAUACGGGAUAUCAAUGAGCAGCGUAAGCCACUGACAGACUCACAGAGAGUCAAGUUCACCAAGGAGAUUAAGGGGCUCAAAAUCGAGAUCACCCACUGUGGUCAAAUGAGGCGCAAGUAUCGGGUGUGCAACGUCACCCGCCGACCUGCUCAGAUGCAAUCGUUCCCUCUGCAGCUGGAGAAUGGUCAGACAGUGGAGUGUACGGUGGCCAAGUAUUUCCUGGACAAGUACAAGAUGAAACUGCGCUACCCACACUUGCCGUGUCUUCAAGUCGGGCAGGAGCACAAGCACACGUAUCUGCCACUCGAGGUGUGCAACAUAGUGGCUGGACAGCGGUGUAUCAAGAAGCUGACCGAUAUGCAGACUUCUACAAUGAUCAAGGCAACUGCACGGUCGGCUCCUGACCGGGAACGGGAGAUAAACAACUUGGUGCGUCGGGCCGACUUCAACAACGAUGCGUACGUGCAAGAGUUUGGACUUACAAUCAGCAACAACAUGAUGGAGGUACGCGGACGCGUGCUGCCUCCUCCCAAGCUACAGUACGGCGGCCGUGUCAGCACACUUGGUGGACAGGACUUUCAGGGGUGCAAUGUGCUCCAAACGAAGCAACAGGCGAUGCCCAACCAGGGCGUGUGGGAUAUGCGCGGGAAGCAGUUCUUCACAGGGGUGGAGAUCCGUGUCUGGGCUAUCGCAUGCUUUGCGCCACAACGAACAGUCAGAGAGGAUUCUCUCAGGAACUUUACACAACAGCUGCAGAAGAUUAGCAAUGAUGCCGGCAUGCCCAUCAUCGGCCAACCUUGCUUUUGCAAGUACGCGACAGGGCCAGAUCAAGUAGAGCCUAUGUUUCGAUAUCUCAAGUCAUCUUUCCAAUCCCUUCAGCUUGUGGUUGUUGUACUACCGGGGAAGACCCCAGUAUAUGCCGAAGUAAAGCGAGUCGGCGACACAGUACUGGGCAUGGCCACUCAGUGUGUACAAGCCAAGAACGUCAACAAGACAUCGCCACAGACACUCUCAAACUUGUGUCUGAAGAUCAACGUCAAGCUGGGUGGCAUCAACAGCAUUCUUGUGCCCAGUAUCAGGCCGAAGGUGUUCAAUGAACCAGUAAUAUUCCUCGGAGCAGACGUCACUCAUCCUCCUGCUGGAGACAACAAGAAGCCUAGCAUCGCUGCUGUCGUGGGUUCCAUGGAUGCUCAUCCUAGCAGAUAUGCUGCUACCGUGAGGGUACAGCAACAUCGCCAGGAGAUCAUUCAGGAAUUAAGUUCCAUGGUCAGAGAGUUGCUAAUCAUGUUCUACAAGAGUACAGGAGGAUAUAAGCCACACCGCAUCAUCCUGUACCGUGACGGUGUCUCCGAGGGGCAAUUCCUGCAUGUGCUGCAGCACGAGCUGACGGCGAUACGAGAGGCUUGUAUCAAAAUAGAGGGUGACUACCGACCUGGCAUCACCUUCAUUGUCGUCCAGAAGAGACAUCACACCAGGUUGUUCUGUGCCGACAAGAAGGAGCAGUCGGGCAAGUCAGGUAACAUUCCAGCUGGCACAACUGUCGACGUCGGCAUCACUCACCCGACCGAGUUUGAUUUUUACCUCUGCAGUCAUCAAGGCAUUCAGGGAACGAGUCGGCCCAGCCACUACCACGUGCUGUGGGAUGACAAUCACUUCGACUCGGAUGAGUUGCAGUGCCUCACGUAUCAGCUAUGUCAUACGUACGUCCGCUGCACCCGCUCAGUGUCCAUCCCUGCCCCCGCCUACUAUGCCCACCUUGUCGCCUUCCGUGCCCGCUACCACCUCGUCGAGAAGGAACAUGAUAGUGGGGAAGGAUCCCAUCAGUCAGGCUGCUCUGAAGACCGCACGCCGGGGGCGAUGGCCCGUGCCAUUACUGUCCAUGCUGACACCAAGAAAGUCAUGUACUUCGCGUAAAGUCUUUCACCAAACUACCUAGUAUUAAGUGAGCGAGGUGACCAACCAUCAUAUUGUUAGUAAGAUCAAUAAUGUAAUUAAUCACACCAAAUUACCUUAAUAUUACCGAAAGCUAUGUAUAUUUUUCAAGAUUUUUUAUUAUUUGUCAGACACACUGACAAUGUUCUAGACAGAUAUUUUUAAUUUUAUCAUUUUUGAUUCUGUUUGUUACUUAUUUUGUGCUGAACCGUUACUAUAAGUAUUUAUUGUAUGUGCUACUCUAAUUUUGUUUGGUUGUUAAACAUUUUAUAUUUUAAAAUAAUAUAUGAUGAGAAGAUGGAUUUGUUAGCUUUAAGUGUUUGAUAGUCAGUUUUAAGUGAUAACUCCACCUUUGUCACCGAUCGCACAAUAUCUGAAUGUCAUUAUUUGUGUUCGAAUGACUUAUAUGUUUGAGAAAAAUCAUCAAUGACAUUUAUAAAAUGUAUAUUGGACCGAAAAGUGAUCAUAAUGUUUUAUAGAAUUUUAUCGAAAGUAUAUUUUAAACUGAUGACAUGCUGUGAAUUUUUAUCUUUUUUUGAUUUGCGUACUUAGUGUUCUAAGUAGAAAGGAGUGGUGGACAGUUGGCAGAAUGCUCAUCACGUUCGUUAUGAUGUUGAAACGCUUAUGGUCUUAUGCUAGUUUACACUUAGUCCAUUAUUUAAUUAGCAUUCUACAUUAUUAUAAGUUUAUUUUGAAAUGUAAAUUUUUUGUGCCUUAUUUCACAAGUUUUCUUAAGUAAUCAAUGCACAUUUGUUUUAUUAUUGUACACAUUGUAUUUAGUAUCUUUUCAUUUAUUUUUGAUCAUAGUUUAUUAACUCUGCACGCUUGAACGAUAUGUUUUUUUUAUAACUUUUGCAAAAUCUCAACUUCUAUCACUAAGCAGUUUUUGUAUUUUUUUAAUGUAUUUAUAAGUUUGAUUAAUCUUCAGACAAUUUUUGUAUGAUGCAUUUGAACAUGCAUAAAUAACUAUACCAUUCUAUUUAUUUAUUUUUCUGAUAUGCUUGUAAUAAAUUAUUCUCCUUAGUUCUUAUGUUUGAAAUUGAUAGUAAAAUAGCUUAAGAACUGUACCUGCAACAGAACUGGUCUCAAAAAGCCAAUAACAUUAGGAAUACAUAUUGUAUCGUCUUUGGCUGUUCGCCAUUUUAGAUAAUUUAGUGUAAAGGCCAGUCUUGUGUUCGAUAGUUUUACAAUGUAGGAUGAGGCAGAAAUACUAAGUCAAUCAAACGUUGUUGGGAUCACUUUUAUUUUUCUGUAGAUUUAAAUGUGAAUGGUUGUUGUGUGAAGAUCGUUAUUCCAAUCAGUUAUGAGUAUUUUUGUGUUUUAAAUCGGUCACCAAUAAUUUCAAAUCUGUGAUAAAUGGUUUUGCUUUGUAAUAAAAUACAAUUUAAACAUACACUGUUUAUACUUUGGAAUCAUUUAGAAUUUGUGAUAACUUACAGUAAAUAACUAGUUAUGUUUGGCUAAAAUCAGAUUAGAUAAUAAAAACUAUAUAUUUUACUCA